UACAGCCAGCAUAUUUCCUGUAACUUCCGGUCCUAAGUUCCUGACAGAAAUGCACGUAUUUGAAAUAAAAUGACAAAACCCCAGGAUGUAGAGGAGAGUUCCAUGGAAGGUACUGGUAGUGCUGGGUGGCAAAAGGCAUGGCAGGCCAUUAAUGUGGUUGCUGCUGUAUUCUUUGCUUUGGCAGCCUAUGUGCAGAUUAAUGAUCCUGACCCAUACAUUUGGAUUCCUAUUUAUUUCAUUCCUACACUGCUGUGUCUUACAAUUGCUAUCAAGCCUAUUCUUGUUGAAAACACUGCAUGGAGGAAUGUUUGUGUGAUACACAUGGCCAUUUGUUUGACUGGAACACUGUACUUAACUGUUACUGUAUUAGAAAUGACUUUAAGCACUAGAGUCAAUCCACUUCAGCAUGAGGAAGGAAGAGAACUUGGUGGUUUGAUUCUGGUCAUGGCAUGGUUGGCAAUUCUCAGAUUUUCUGGUAUUGGAAGCAAGAGUGGGAGUGGUCAUAUGGGAGCUCUAUUACUACUGACAGCUACUCUAAGCUUUGCACCACUGGUCUUCUGGGGAUUGUGCUUCAUGGGAGACUGGCCACAGCAUUCUCUCUCACAUUGCAAAGGAAUGUUUCCAGCCUAAGAACAACCAAAAUAUGUUCUUAAGUGGUAAAAUGGAUUAACUACUCAGUAAUUUCAUAUUUUAUUUAAAAAUACAAUUUACAUAUAUUUAGAUCAUCAAUGUCUGGUGCUUUUUUAAAAACCAAACCUUGUAAAUGUCUGGUGCUGCUUUUACAUCUUUUCUGAAAUAUUACUUCAAGUCUAUGAACAAUCAGUAUUUAAAAUACUAUUUGUAUACAAAAUAAUCAGUCAGUUUUUGAUAAGUAUAUUUAUGUUUGUUGAAUGUUAAAGGGCAAAUGCAAUCUUGUUUCUCAGCAAAUGUGACAACAUUUUAAGCCCAUUGAAAAAUGCAUUUGAUUAUAUGUAAAAAAUAUUCUAUGUAAAAAAAGAUAAAUAUAAGCAAUUAUUUUUUCAACUUAGUGAUGCAGCAUUCCAUACGUCAACUAUAUAUUUGAAUUGAACUGAUUAUAUGAAAUAUAAAUGGCAUCUUUAUAAGGAAAAUAUUUUGUGCAUUUCAAUGCUAGUUGUGUUCUAAUUUUAUGCUGUGCCAAUGUUUACUAUAUUUAAUAAAAUUGUAAUUUAUCAAAUUACAUGUUUGUCAUAAAUGACCAGUUGUUUUCCUGAUGGGUUUUUAUUCUUGGCACAAAGCUACGUUCUUCUUUUAAAACAUGAGACUUCUGGGUUACUGAUUUUAACAUUAGUCAACAUUAGAAAAUCUGAAAUCGAAGUGCUAAUCGAAAAUCAAAAGCACAAAAAAAUUAUCAAGCAAGAUUUAAUGUUAAUUCAUCUUUACAAUAACAUUUGCUGUAUAAAUUUACUUUCAAUAUACCAUUUCCGUUGUUUAUAGUGGUUUACUGUGUUGGUAUCUUGUUAAACGACUGGGUCACCAUUUUGUUU